GCAGCGGCCCCGCCAUGCCCGGAGCGGCCGCGCUGGGCGCCGGCCCCGACCCCGAGGAGAGCUACGAUUUCCUCUUCAAGCUGGUGCUGAUCGGCGACGCCAGCGUGGGCAAGACCUGCCUGGUGCAGCGCUUCAAGACCGGGGCCUUCUCCGAGCGCCAGGGCAGCACCAUCGGCGUGGACUUCACCAUGAAGAGCCUGGAGAUCCAGGGCAAGCGGGUGAAGCUGCAGAUCUGGGACACGGCAGGCCAGGAGAGGUUCAGGACCAUCACGCAGAGUUAUUACCGCAGCGCCAACGGGGCCAUCCUGGCCUAUGACAUCAGCAAGAGGGGCUCCUUCCUGUCCAUCCCUCGCUGGAUCGAGGAUGUCAGGAAGUAUGCUGGCUCCAACAUCGUGCAGUUACUCAUUGGAAACAAGUCUGACCUAAGUGACCUUAGAGAGGUUCAGCUGGCAGAAGCUCAGAGCCUGGCUGAACGCUAUGACAACAUCAUCUGUGCCAUAGAGACCUCUGCAAAGGACUCCAGCAACGUGGAGGAGGCUUUUGUGAAGAUGGCCACAGAGCUGAUGAUGAGGCAUGGAGGGCCCAUGUUCAGUGAGAAGAGCACUGACAGCAUCAAGCUGGACAGCAAAGAUGUUGGGGAAAGCUGGGGGUGUGGUUGCUGAUAAGAGCUAGCUGAUAUCCCUAACUUUACUGGAAUUUAGAUGGUGCUUCACCCUAAUGCUGAGUAGCAUGGUAGCCAUAUUCUCCUCCUCCUCCUGUGAAACCAGCAAUUUUGUAGAAGUUAGACACAAUCCUGUUUGCUUUGGUGUCUUAUUUUUAAAAAGGGACUUUGGAGAGGUGGUCCUAAAAGUCAAACCCUCUGAAAAACUUACUCAACAUUUGUCCCCACCUUUUUAUUUUCUGUAACCUUCAUACGAGUUACAAAAAUGGAGGAAAUGACUUUGAACUUGGUAUUUUGGGGUGGGAAGACACUUGUUUGGGUAAGAGACUGAUGCAAACCCAAAAGUCUGAGCAUUAACAUGGGGCUGUUGGCAAAGGAGGUCACUUUUGGAACAGGCAAUCUUGACAGCGUCUCUUCAAAUCCUCAGCACUCCACAGUGACCAGGAAGUGUCAGUGUCUUUGGUAAUGGUAUUUCAAGGGCCAUAAUAGCCAAGAUUUUGAUUACAGGACCAAAUAGCAGUCACCUGGCCUAGGGCAAUGUGAAUUGCUAGUUGCUGUUGGAGCAGGCCCAGGUGGGGGAGCUUCUCUCAGGUUUUGUUAUCAUUUGAGGUUAGUGUUUUAACAGAAAGCAAAACCAGCCUGAGCACUGUCACAAGCAGGGCUGGA